UUUUUUGCACGUUUUUGGUGCUUUUUUUUUUUCUGUUCGUUCACCUCCGGAAUGAACGCGUCGUCGCUUCACGCGGAGACAGAGCCGGAGGUGCAAAUCGGUGAAAUCAAAUGUGGUGCAGAAAUCAUUCCAUCGCCUUCGAAUGACAUCGUUUGUUGCACAAUCUACAGAUGAGAUUACAACACUGAAAGAAGACAAGAAAAAACAGGGCAAAUUCCAACCAUUUCGGAAACUGUUUGGUAAAAAGAAACGGAAGGAGUCCUCUCACACACCCGUGCAAGUGAACCUGAAAUCAAGUCAAUCCACUGGGGAUAUUCGGAACGCCAUCGAAUCAGGGGAUGACCAAUCUGAAGAUGAAUUAAGGUCUACUAGCACCAGUAUGGGUACCAGGGCAUUGUCACAUGACAGCAUUUUUAUCCCAGAUGGUUCAACAGCUGAUGGAACAUCAGCACAAGCCAUAUCCCAAGAAAACAUCUCAGGAAAAAUUCAAAGCCUUCAGCGCCAACUGGUAAAAAAUAUCAAAUUUGGCCAUCCGCCUUCCAGGAAAAUGGAAGACCUCGGAGCCAGCUCAGAGGAUGAUGGGACUCUCAGACAUCCUUCAGAAAAGUCCUCAAUGGAAGAGACACAAUUACCAGGCUCAGGACUGAAGUCCUAUCAUUCAUCCAAACGUCUAAGAUCCUUCAGUUUAGGUGGAACAGAAAGUGAAGAGCAAGAGCAGGUUACUCCUGUCCGGUCUUCACGUCCCAUGAGCGCCUUCUCUUUGGUGAGCUCUGUUGGCACCAUUGAAUCAAUCGAUCUGGAUGCAGUCCCGCAGUCUGCAGAUCGCCUCGACAACACUGCCGCAAAACACAAACUCUCCGUCAAACCACGGAAUCAGAGAGUGUCCAGGAAACAUAGACGACUGACACAGGAUGUACAGAAUAUGACUGUAAUUGAAUAUGAGCUUGAAGAGGAGCAGGUUUAUACUGGGAAUGAACAAAUGGAUUACAAGGACGCGGAGGAGAAAAGAAAGGAAGAUCAAAGGUAUCAGAUAGUUGAAGAGCAAAGACGCAAGGAGAAAGCUGAGAAUCAUAAAAGGCUGGAAGCAGAGCAAAGACAACAUGAAUUUGAAGAACAACAAAAACGGGAAGAAAACCUUAAAAGGGAAGUUGAAGAACAGAGGAUGAAAGAAGAAGAGCAGAGACGCUUGGAAGAGGAGGAAAAGCAAAUACGAGAGGAAGAAAAGAGGCGCGUGGAAAAUGAACAUCAGAGAAUACAAGAGGAAGAACAAAGACGUCUCAAAAUAGAAGAACAGCGAAUGCAAGAGAAAGAAAGACGUCUAAAAGAGGAAGAGCAGAGAAUACAAGAGGAAAAACAGAGAUGUCUCCAAGAGGAAGAACAGCGACUACAAAAAAAGAGACGUCUAGAAGAGGAAGAUCGUAGAAUACAAGAAGAAGAAAAAAGAUGCCAUGAAAUGGAAAAACAGAGAAUACAAGAGGAAAAACAGAGAAUUCUGAAAGAACAAAGACAGCAUGAAAUUGAAGAGCAACAAAAAAGGGAAGAAAAGCAACAUAAAGAAACAGAGGAGCAGGAAAAGAGUGAACAAAGGCGUUGUGAGGUGCAAUUGAGUCAAAGACUGGAGGAGAAGGAAUUCCAUCUCCAAGCUGAUGAAAAAAAGCAUCUGGCAGAGGAAAAAGCAAGGCAAAGAGAAAUGGAAAAGAAAAAACACCAGGAACAAAAGAAGAGGCAGCGCAAAUUGGAGAAACUGCAAAAAGAAGAAGAGCAGAGGCAAAAGGAGGCUGAGCUGUUAAGUCAACAAGAACAAUGGCUCCUUGAGGAACAGGAAGAGGAGCAACGCAGAGGAGAACUUAGGUGGAAAGAAUUGGAUCAAAGGCAAACAUUAUCGAGGCCAUUUUCAUUCCAGGUUUCAUCAGGAGAAAAGCAAAUCAUUUUUCAAAAGGUUAAUCUGAGCCCUGUGUCACAUCACAGGGAAGCUGGAUCUUCUGCAGAUACAACUGACAUAAGAUCCUCCCCAAAGUCAAGUAGGGGACUCCCAUCUUCACUGUAUGUUCCCCACACAGCCAUUUUGGUCACUGGAGCUCAACUUUGUAGUACAGCUGUGGAUCUGAACCAAAUUAAAGACACUGCCUGCAAGUCUUUACUUGGAUUUUCAGAAGAGAGAAGAACUGUUGACCUUCCACCUAUUGAAAACACAGCAAAAUCCAGUCAUGACACAAGAGCAAGGGUAAGCAAGUCUAGGUCCGGCCCAGAACAAUCAGUUGACCAAUCUCGAUCUGCAACAUUAACUGAGUGGGCGAUUAUUCGGGCAAAAAUCAUGAAAGGUUCUGAUGAAAAAUGGUUAGAAAAAGACAGGAGAAUCCACAGCAGACUCAGUGAUGAUUGGACUGGCACCAGAGUUUCUGGUACACAUAGUAAUGUGAGGAAAACCCUUUCAGCCAAUGCAAAAUUUUCAAUAACCCCUGCAUGGCAGAAAUGGGCAGACAGCAGCAAAUUCAGUGACAGUGAGAAUGUAAAUAUCUAUCAUACCCCAGAGAAGCAAAUUACACCUGAGGGAACUGAGCCUGCACCAAUUUGCACUGUGGACAUAUGCAAAUCUAGUUCUUUGGCUUCUGAUGACAUAGUACAAGAGAUAGCCAAAGAUGGAAAAGAAAGCCCUAGGUCGGAUAGUCAAAGUAUUCGAACAGCAGAUGCUACUGAAAGCUACAAGUUUGCCAAAGAUCUUCCAUCAUUUCUGGUCCCAAGCCUUCCUAUUAUACAGAGGAAAGAGGAUUCAGUGUCUCAGCUACAGUUUUCAUUUGAUAACCAAGAUGUAGCAACUUUGAUCACAAAACCUGAUGAAACAGAAGACAAAGCAAUAAAAAGUACUGAGGAGUGCACAUCGCCUUUUGGAGUGAAAUUACGACGAACACACUAUUCACUCCGGUUCCACUAUGAACAGCAGGGAGAACAGAAAAGGAAGAAGCGCUACAGUGCGGGGGAUACUUUGGAAGGGAUUCCAGCCCCACUAACCUCAAAAGAGAAAGAAACUGAAUCUUAUAUAAUUUCUACAAAGCAGUGUUCUUCCAGUAAGAAGGACAAUAAGAGCAGUAAUGUCUUAAAAGACAAUUCCAAUAGCAUUUCAGACAUUUCACAGACUGGAGGUACACAUCUAAGCAGUAUUGAUGUGGCGAAACAUGUUAAAAACAAACUUGCAACCCUUUCAAAUGAAAAACCUUUAUCAAGGCCACCAAUGUCUCAGAAACCAUCCUUAGCCCCAAAGCCUACACAGUUCACUCCGCCUCCCUCCCCCCAGAAGACAGAGUUUAUGGAGAUUACAGAUUACAGUAGUGUAAAGAUUGCAUUUGACUCCACUGGGAGAAAAGGAGAUAGUCAGGUUGAGACCUUGGCACAAAGCCACAGACAUGAAGAUGAAGAACCAAAGGAGAGAAAAUGUUUUUUCCCUUCCAUCAACAUUCCAUGGCGUGAGAAGGCAGACAAAAAGUUUGACUCAUUGAAAAAAGAAAAACCUGUGCUGCAGAGCAGACAUUCCCUGGAUAGCUCCAGGCUAGUGGAGAAGAUGGAAUCAGCCCAACCCCUAUGGAUUACCCUGGCGAUGCAGAAACAGAGAGGAUUCCGUGAGCAGCAGGCCAGCAAAGAGGAGAGGAGGCAAGCCAGAGAAGCCAAGAUAGCAGAAAAACAGGCUAAAGAAAAUGCCGUGACCUUCAGUCCCAUUGAAAAUAAAUUUAGCAUUAAUCACCAUGUAAGUCCACUCUAUUCAUCAACAACUCAGGAUGAGGAUAAGAAAGCUGGAAGCAACAUUGCGUCAAAGGUAGAACGACGUGAACACUUGAAAAAAUCUGCUACACUUCCAAAUUCUGUCACAGUUGAAAUUUGUGACUCAGUGGCAUCAACUCCACCGGUAAAAGAUUUACCUAAAAGGUUCUCAACACCUGAUGCUGCCCCAGUAUCUGUGGAACCCACCUGGUUGGCUCUCGCCAAGAGAAAAGCUAAAGCCUGGAGCGACUGUCCUCAGAUAAUUAAAUGACCUUCUGAUGUGAGAACAACAUUGGAUUAGAGGCAUUGCACUAGCUCCAGAUACUACAAUGUUCCUCCAGUUUCCAGUGGGUCUCAAUGGAAAUUGCAUAUAUACAGCAGAUUGUAAUUCAAUACUUCCUCUAGCAUAUUUUGUACACAAAAUUUACUGUAAAUUCUGUGAGAAAUCAUAGUAUAAUAUGAGAGAAAUCUAUACUUUAAAGAGUUCUGAAAAUACUCAGAUUCUGCUGCCCUCUGUCAGUUCAUAAACUGUAAUACAACCAGAAGGGCACAUACACUCCAUUUUGUUCAAAGGUGUGUUUUAAUUCUUUCCUGCUGCAGAAAAUUAAUAUGAAUC